UGUGUGGGAGGAGCGGAGGGGAGGAGCGGCCCGGUGCGGGGAGGAGUCUGCAAACUUUCAGUUCAAGGGCAUUGUGGGAAGUAGCCAUGGUCUGAGGCUGGCGCCUCACCUGUCAGCCGCCCGGGCUGCUACAGUCUCUUCUGGCCCUCGCAUCCCGGGCGAUCGCUGCUGUCGGGACCCGGGCGGCUGCGGCCACCAUGAUACAUUUCAUCUUGCUCUUCAGUCGACAAGGGAAGCUGCGGCUGCAGAAAUGGUACACCACGCUCCCUGACAAAGAGAGGAAGAAGAUCACCCGGGAGAUCAUCCAGACCGUCCUCUCUCGUGGACACAGGACCAGCAGUUUCAUUGACUGGAAGGAGCUGAAACUUGUUUAUAAAAGGUAUGCUAGUUUAUAUUUUUGCUGUGCAAUAGAAAACCAAGACAAUGAGCUCUUGACACUAGAGAUUGUUCAUCGUUAUGUGGAGUUGCUGGAUAAGUACUUUGGAAAUGUCUGUGAGCUGGACAUUAUCUUUAAUUUUGAAAAGGCAUAUUUUAUCCUUGAUGAGUUUAUAAUAGGUGGAGAAAUUCAGGAAACAUCCAAGAAAACAGCGGUCAAGGCCAUUGAAGACUCUGAUAUGUUACAAGAGACAAUGGAAGAAUACAUGAGCAAGCCGACAUUUUAAGUGUACAGCCUACUUGAAGAUUCUGAGCGCUUCAUGCUGUGAUCCUACAAACAAGCAACUCCUCGCAUCCGGUCUCCACACGGCCUCUGGCACAACGCCAAAAAUGACUUAAAGGGAUUCUGUGCUAGCUAGCAAAUGUCAAGUUGUUGCUCCAUGUCUGUAUGAUACUGUGUGGCAAUACCCACGGUGGCUCCAGGCAAUUCCGAUUAAUGGCUGCAGACGCAAUAGUUGCUUGUCUUGCUUUAAAUCCUUGUAGUAUUUUUUAAAGGCAAUUUCAAAUAUUAGUUGCAAUAUGAUAAUUUUUGUUGCCAUUUGACCUUCUACCUGUAGACCGACAACUGCUUUGUGAUAACAUACAAUUUUCAAUGUAAAGUAUAUUUUAUAUAAUAAAUGCCUUUCCUAAAUGUUUAAAAAUGUACAUACGUUAAGUUUAUGUUCAUAGCUCAGAUUUCAUACAUGAUGCUAGGUAUUUUUUUUUAAUAUGUUCAAUGCUACUAUAAUUUCAGGUCAGAUACAAUGUAUAUGACUUUAAUGUCUUGAAUUCAACCUUUUUUUUUUUUUUUUUUUAGAAUUGGGAUAAAACUAAUUGGGAUUUUAAUGUUUUAGAAGGUGCUAGAUCAAGGUUUCUACUUUGCUUCCAAUUGAAUAUAAGGGACAUUUCAGUAAGGUUAUCGUUUCUAUGAACUAUUUAUUAAGGUGUCUAGAGCUCUGGAGAUGAAACGUUACAGCAUCUCCUGUUAUUACCAUAAUACUGAAUGGAAGAGCUAUAUCAAUAUUUAUAUAGCAGUAAUUGUGAUCUCUUCUAUGAUUUUAUAUCUCGUGUUCCUUGUGGGUUUUUUUUUUUAAAGAUAUUUUAUUUUCAGAUAUCUCAUUUUUUUGUGAGACUUAAAAAAUAAUUUUAAUGUAGGGUGACUGUUUAAGGCUUCCUUAGCUCACAUGUAUUUUCAUUGUGACCUUCAUGGGAAGUGACUCUAUUUCCUUUUUUUCCCCCCCUCUUACCCAGAAAAAUAUUUUCUGCUGACUGUAAUUAUUGUGACCAUGCCACCUUCAUGCUUCCAAAACAAAAGUUCUGAGCACCCAGGCCCUGAGCUGAUGUGAAGUGGGAAGCUUCUUGGAGCCUUUGUUCCUGAUGUCUGUCUUCUGUCUGUAGUUCUGCAUAUGUGUUUUCAGUGUUAGUGUCGAGGUUUGCUGUCCUUUGCAUUACAGUGCUGCAGACUCUUGUGGUUUUCCUAAGACAAUAGUGUACUUGAUUUUGUAUUCGGAGAGAGCUCUCAUACAGCGGACCCUUAGAGAAUGUGGUUGUUCUCUUUGGUUCAUCUCAUCAGGCAUAUUUAAGGGAAGAUGGCAAAACCAGUGCAGAAGAACAGAUAGACAAACUGACCCGUUCCUUACUAUGACCAUUUAUUUAAAAGCAAUAAUUCAGAUUUCAUAUGAGCUAAUAACAAGGCUUUUAAUAGUUGAUUUGUCUUCAGCUUAAUAUAAUUUUGGUAAGGUUUGUUCUUUCUGAACAUCUUUGUCUGGGCAGUCUUCAGUUUUGUGUGUUAACUUUUUAAAAAAGUAUGGUAAAAAAUGUUGUUUUUCAAACAUUUUUGUAAAACUGAACUUUCUGUAACUUCAGAGGUUUUCCAGUUCCUUUCCAUUGUUUUUGAAGGAAAGUAUCUUUUGAGCUUCAUUAAAUGUACUACUUAUAUUCUGGAUAAUUCCAUAUUUGAUCUUGUCUAGCUUGCACAAGGAUUCUUCCUGUCAGUCUAUUCAUAGAGAGAGAUCAUAUUUAUGUGAUACACUGAAGUAAAUACAGGGGACUUGGGGAACAGCUUACAUGAGCUUUAGUAAAAAAUCAUGAUAUAUUUUCCUUAUUAUAAGAUUCUAAGAAAAAGUACCAAAUGAGAGGAAAAAAUAUACUGAAUUUGUAUAAAACAUCCAAAUAAAAGGUUAAAAAUAUGUUAAUGAUGAA